AUGAGCGCAACCAGCCUUGACGCCUCGGCCAUCAACAACCUCUCCGACAAGGAGAAGGAGGAGCUGCGCCAGUUUGUUAACACCCAGACGCAGCGCACACGGGUGCAGGCUCAAACCCACAAUCUUACCGAGCUGUGUUGGAAGAAGUGCGUCACGAGCCCUGUCAAGAGCAACACGCUGGACAAGGCCGAGGAGGGCUGCAUGAGCAACUGCGUCGAACGGUUUCUGGACCUGAACAUCCUGACGGCGAAGCUGCUGUCUAACAUGCAGCAGCAGCAUUAA